UAUAGAAGACUAUCCCAACCGUUUCGAAUUUGAAAUUCAAAGUGAAAUCGGAUCGAGAGCCCCGACCGGCGCCGUUUUCAGCGGACAAUUAGCGGCAUCUCCAGCGCCGGCGUCAUGAAAACUACCUAAACAAACAAGGCGACACCACAAUAAUCAGACUGCGAUAAGCCGACUUGAGCAAAUAUACACACCCGAAUCGCGAAUCUCGAGCGCCAUAAAUGAAUCUCUUGGGGACGGCUAGCAAGUCAGUUGUUCUCCAGCUGGCGAAGCAAGUGAAAUUCGUGCUGCAUCUUACUACAAUGGCCACCUACGAACAGGUUAAGGAUGUGCCCAACCAUCCGGAAGUCUAUCUCAUCGACGUCCGGCGGAAGGAUGAGCUUCAGCAGACGGGAUCUAUUCCAGCCAGCCUUAAUAUUCCCUUGGAUGAACUGGACAAAGCCCUCAGUUGUGAUGGUGCUUCUUUCAAGAACAAAUACGGACGAUCCAAGCCGGGAAAAGAGUCUAGGAUCAUAUUCACCUGCCGCUCGGGAAAACGUGCCUCAGAAGCAGAGCAAAUUGCUAAGAACCAAGGAUACUGCAAUGUGGUGCUCUACAAAGGCUCGUGGAUUGAAUGGGCCCAAAAAGAGGGACUUAAAGCUUAGCCGAAUUUAUAACUAUUUGGAUUUUAAAUUACAUAUAUAGUAAAUAAAUUUUAUAGUAAAUAAAAAA